GCCUACUGUCAACUACAACAACAGCCGCGACGCCGCCAAGUUCAACUUCUUGGUUUUCAAGGUGCCGUACAGCAGGGAGGAAUAUCUGAGCCCCAUUCAGGAAUUCAUCCACUUCUCUAUGCACGACCCCUCAACGCUGCAAAAGGUCAUGAAGCUGAUCGAUGUCAUGGGGCAGGGCUUGGUGUUCGCGAGGCAGCAGUGUGACGGGAUUCUAAAGAACGAUCAGUUGAUGGCAACUCUGCGGGAUGCCGCUUUCGACGUCGUCCUACUUGACUCCUUGGUAAUGUGUGGCGACCUGGUGGCCGACGUGCUCGGCGUGCCGCUCGUCAUCUCGCUACGCUUGAGCUUAGGCAGUGUUUUUGAGCGUCACUGUGGCCACGCUCCAUCGCCACCAUCUUACGUCCCGUUACCUCCAGUGCUGUUCAACGACCACAUGACGUUCAUAGAGAGGCUAAUCAACUUGGUGACAUAUGUGGCGUCAUCAGCGCUAACCGAACUGGGCUGGAAGCUGACGAUGGAUAAAUACUACAGUGAGAUUAAAGGAACUCCCACCAGUGUGUGUGAAACUCUGGGGAAGGCUGACGUGUGGCUCAUCAGGAUGUUCUGGGACAUCGAUACACCGCGGCCGACUCCGCCCAACUUCAAACACGUGGGUGGUCUGAACUGCAGACCAGCCAAUCAGCUGCCAGAGGACCUGGAGGCUUUUAUGCAGAGUUCAGGUGAUGCUGGUGUAGUAGUUGUUUCUUUUGGCUCCAUGGUACCCAAUCUGACGAUGGAGCGCACCAACGUCAUCGCCACCGCCUUAGGACGAAUCCCUCAGAAGGUGAUUUGGCGUCACCGUGGUGAGGCUCCAACUGCACUUGCGCCAAACAUAAAGAUUUUUGAUUGGAUCCCUCAAAACGAUCUGCUGGGUCACCCGAAGACACGAGCAUUCGUGACUCAUGGUGGCACUAACGGUCUGUACGAAGCUGUGUUUCACGGCGUGCCUCUGGUCGGCUUGCCGGUGUUUGGCGAUCAGCCUUAUAAUCUUGACCGUAUGAGUCAACUCGGCACGGCCAUUGUCCUCGACUUCAACAAAGUGACAGCUGAGGAGCUGGCAGAAGCACUGCAUGCCAUCGUCAACCAGCCAAGCUACAAGACCAGCAUUCAACGUCUGUCGGCGGUGCACCGCGACCAGCCAGUGACGCCACUGAAUACUGCUGUCUUCUGGUUGGAGUUUGUUAUGCGACAUGGUGGAGCUAGGCAUUUGCGGUUGGCUUCACAUAAUUUGAACUGGUUCCAGUACCACAGCUUGGACACAGGCGCUGUCCUGCUCGUCACUCUGAUGACCGCCGCUGCUUUGUGUUGGGCGGUCAUACGCUGCUUCCUGCAGCAGUGCAGACGACGAGGAGGAAGAGAGAAGGAGGACUGAAGAAAGAUAUUUUUGAAGUGCAUACCUCCACCUUUAUAGGCUCUCUUCCACCUGCUGCCUCCUCUGACUACAGAUCAUGACGUCAUCCACAAACACAAUAUUCAACAGAGACUCCUGCCUGAUCUCAUCGGUCAGCCUGUCCAUUAUCACUGCAAACACAGAAGGGGCUCUGAACAGAUCCCUGAUGUGAUGGGUGUGACCCCACACCCACCUUGAACUCAUCUGUCACUCCUACAGCAUACCUCACCACUGUCUCAUUUUGGCAUUUUGAGUUAUU